AUGUCGGAAGACACAGCCUCUAGCGCCUCCUCCAGCGCACCCUCUAGCCCCUCCCCCUCUGAUCUUAGCCACUUUUCCGACUACAGCGAUUCCUCACGAAACAGCUCAGAUUCAGAAAGCGACUCAGACUCAGACUCUGAUGAUGUACCGCGCGCUUUCAAGGACCUGCCCAUCGAAUUUGACUCGGCUCUACUCGAGCGCGAUCUGUCAAAAUACGUGCCACCCGGUUGCGCCGCUCUCACUCGUCCUGUAUGGCCAGAUACGGGUUUUGUCGGAGAAUACUAUCAGCCCGUUGCCAGCUUUCUGAACUCGACUUUGGACGUGGCCCGAGAGGCUUACGAAAGGUCGGACAAGGAGGUCGAGUAUUGCGCGCUCGAUUUCCUGUUCACGAAAGCAAUUCCGAUGGGCGGUGUAUAA